GCGAUUCAGACCGCUACAUACCUAACACACUCAGUCUCUACAAUACAUAGAUAAGAUAUGAUCGAGACCAUCGCUUCCGACCCUUCGUUCGCGGGUGCACUGUCGAAAGACUUUAGCUACGGCUUUGCAAGCGCGAGUUAUCAGAUCGAAGGAGGAUAUCAAGACGACGGCAGGGGUCCUUCUAUCUGGGACGAACACCUCAAGGACCAAGAGAACGGAAACGAGGCCGUCGACUCGUACCACCUCUUCAGGGAGGACAUCAAGCUCCUCAAGCUCUACGGAGCCAAUUCGUACCGGUUCUCCAUCUCGUGGUCCCGAGUCAAACCUUUGGGAGGAAAAGAUGAUCCGGUGAACGAACCGGGUUUGGCAUACUACGAUCAACUGAUCGACGCUUUGCUCGCCGAGGGCAUCACACCCUGGGUCACGUUGUACCACUGGGACCUCCCGCUCGAGCUGGAGAAGCGAUACGGAGGCUGGCAAACGGACGACAAGAGCCAGAUCAUCGAUGAUUUCGUCUCGUACGCCGGCUUGCUCUUUGAAAGAUACGGUGAUCGGGUCAAGAACUGGAUCACCCUGAACGAGCCACACAUCUUUACCAUGCUUUCGAGCUUUGGCUUGAAACAGCCUUGGAACAGGGAGACCGAUACCUGGAAGACCGGCCAUCAUCAGCUCCUAGCCCACGCAUACGCUGUCGAGCUGUACCGACAAAAAUACCAAUCUUCUCAAGGCGGAAAAAUUGGUAUCACCUUGAAUUGCGACUGGUGUGAACCCAUCGACGAUUCACCGGAGGCCAAGGCCUGUGCACAGCGUAUGUUGGAUGCCGUGCUCGGUUGGUUUGCUGAUCCCGUCUUCCAUGGGCAUCUGAAUCAGACACUCAAGGAGGAACUCGGAGAUCUCCUUCCAGACUUUACUGAUGAAGAAUGGAAGGUCGUCAAGGGAAGCUCGGAUUUCCUCGGCUGGAACCACUACGGAACCUCGUAUGCCACAGGGAAAAAGUUCCCCUUCAAGGACGCCGAUCCCAGACAGUUCAUCUUUGGUUGCGUGGAGAGAACAUUCGAAAAGGACGGGCAACAGAUCGGGAUCAAAGGUCAUAAUGGGCAUCCUUAUAUCGUCCCCUGGGGUUUCCGCAAAUUCAUGCGAUACCUCAACGAACGGUACGCCAAGCCCUGCAACGUACCGAUCGUCAUCACCGAAAACGGGUUCCCCGUCGAAAACGAGGGAGACCUUCCCACCUUGGACGACAUACUCGAGGAUACGAAUCGACAGGUGUACUUUAAUUCUUACUUGAAGGAGAUGAUCGAAGCUAUUCGGGAUGACGGGGUGAAUCUGACGGGUUACUUUGGGUGGUCGCUGCUCGACAACCUCGAGUGGAUCUUUGGUUACAAGCCGAGAUUCGGAGUGACCCACGUAGACAGGGAAAACGGGUUCAAGCGGACCCCUAAACAAUCGGCGUUCGUGAUCAAGUCCAUCUUUGACCAUGCCAUCGCAAAUUAAACCCAUGCAGUCGGGCUCCAACAGAUCGAUAAACCAGAAGUCGAUGAACAGGAAACAAGUUGUGAUAG